AGGUACUAUACGGUACGGAGUACUGUGCUAUACCCACCCUCAGUGACGUACGGUUUUGCCUUCUUUCAACUCGGGCUCAAAGCCGGUCAAUCUUUCCCUCUUCGCUCCUUCCUUUCAAGUCACUUGCGCUUUACAGGCGGGCCAUUCUUUUUAUAGCCUUCUCCUUUCCCCUCCACUGAGCCAUAGAAAAGGCAUCGAAAAGCGCUCCCCUCUCUUCCUUUCUUCCCCAACCAGUCCCCAGCCUCUCAAUCUUUCACUUGGCCUCUCGUUUCCUUGCUCCGUCUAGAGCUUUCCCACGAAGCAGCAGCCCACAUUCGAAGAUGCGUGUCACCCACUUGCUUCCGGCCUUGCUGGCUGCCAUCCCCGCCGUGUCCGCGAGCAGGGGUAACCUGGGACUGGCCCUGGGCAACAAGAACGCGGACCAGAGCUGCAAAGCGACGAGCGAUUACGAAGCCGACUUCGAUGCUCUCAAGGGCGUGACUACACUGGUUCGCACUUACUCCGCAAGCGAUUGCAAUACUGCCCAAAACAUCGUUCCCGCUGCGAAGGCGAAGGGAUUCAAGGUCGUGCUGGGUGUCUGGCCCGAUUACGAUCAGUCGUUCGACCAGGACUUCAACGCUCUGAAGCAGUAUGUUCCUGGAAACGAAGAUGUUGUUACUGCUAUCACUGUCGGCUCGGAGGUUCUCUACCGCAAGGGCCUCACUGCUCAGAAGCUCCUGAGCAGAAUCCAGCAAGUCCAGCAGCAGUUUCCAACGGUGACUGUUGGUACCGUUGACAGCUGGAACAAAUUUGCAGAUGGCACUGCUGAUCCCAUCAUCCAGGGAGGUGUCACCUACUUCCUGGCCAACGGUUUCGCCUACUGGCAAGAUCAGGAGAUCGGCAAUGCUUCUGCGACAUACUUCGCUGACAUGUCGCAAGCUAAGCGCCAUAUCGAACAAAUCGCUGGUGCCAAUGCAAACAAGAUUCGGUUUGGAAACGGUGAAACCGGCUGGCCUACCGAUGGUGGAUCUGAUUAUGGUGCUGCCAAGGCCGGUACCAAGAACGCCGAGAAGUUCUACCAGUCCGGUGUCUGUGGCAUGCUGGCUUGGGGCAUCGACGUCUUCUAUUUCGAGGCUUUCGACGAGUCCUGGAAGCCCGACAGCACCGGCGACAACGGCCAGGCGAUGGACGAGAAGCACUGGGGUCUGUUUACCGCCGACCGCCAGCCCAAGUUCAACAUGACCUGCCCAAACUGAGGCGUUGUUUGCUUUCGGAGAAUUCUGCCGCACAUUAGCUUUGCUUUCUUUUACAUAUUUCUGUAUUAUAUGUCAGACAUAACAGAAGCGCCUUUGCGGGAUUUGUAUGGGGAUGAUUUGAGCCAUCGGGUGUCAGGCACUCGUCUAUGAUCAGGGCUGCGAUCAGGAGCUGUACCAUACUGGGCUGUUAGAACACCCGUUCACAUUAAUUUUCUCCGCGGAUGAUGCGCAUAGUUAUCGAAUUAAUCCAAAUACUUUGAUGAGGCCAAUGGUGUGAAACGAGACGGACACG